AUUUUCAAUUUCUCAUUUCAAUUCUCAAUUUUCAGCCAAUCCGAAAUCGUAGCGUAGCAGCGAAAGCAGAAGAAGAAUCCCUAAUUCCGAGCUUUCCAUCCAUGGCGUCCGGAAAGCGAUGCCACUACGAGGUCCUCGGCCUCCACCUCGACUGCACCGCCGACGAGAUUCGAUCGGCGUACAGAAAGCUCGCCCUCCAGCGCCACCCCGACAAGCUUGUCCAGUCCGGUUUGUCCCAAGCUGAUGCCACCGCUCAGUUUCAAGAGCUCCAGCACGCUUACGAGGUCCUCUCUGAUCCCAAGGAACGCGCCUGGUACGACUCUCAUCGUUCCCAAAUCCUCUUCUCUGAUGCCGCCUCCGUCAAUUCCAACUCUGUUGUUCCCAAUCUGUUUCCGUUUUUCUCCAAUACUGUUUAUUCUGGCUAUUCCGAUUCUGGAAGAGGGUUCUAUAAGAUCUAUGCUGACCUUUUUGACACGAUUUACGGUAACGAGAUUAAUUUUGCCAAGAAAUUAGGAUUGCGUUUAGAUGUGGUUCGCGAGGCUCCGGUCAUGGGGAAUGUGGAUAGUCCGUACACGCAGGUGACUGCGUUUUAUAAUUACUGGCUCGGGUUUUGUACGGUUAUGGAUUUUUGCUGGGUUGAUCAGUACGAUGUUAUGGCCGGUCCCAACCGGAAAUCGAGGAGGCUAAUGGAGGAGGAUAACAAAAAGCUGAGGAAGAAGGCAAAGAGGGAGUACAACGAGACAGUUAGAGGCUUGGCUGAAUUUGUGAAGAAGAGGGAUAAGAGAGUGAUUGAUAUGGCUAUGAAAAGGAACUUGGAAAUGGAGAAGAAGAAGCAAGAGGAGAGGGAAAGAAAAAAGAAGUUAGAGAGGGAGAAAUUGGAGAAGCUGAGGGCAUACGAGGAACCAGAUUGGGCAAAGGUCGAGGAGGUCGAGGAGGAUGCAGGAGAUGAGUUUGAGGAAGAGAAUAAGAAAGAGAAAGAGCUGUACUGUGUUUUGUGUGGGAAAAAGUUCAAGAGUGAAAAGCAAUGGAAGAAUCACGAGCAGUCUAAAAAGCACAAGGAGAAGGUUGCAGAGUUCAGAGAAUCACUAGAUGAUGAGGAUGAAUCUGAAGGGUUUGUUGAUGAAGGAGAAGCUGAAGCAGAAGAGACUCUGCUGGAUGAUGAGAUGGAUAAACUAGGGGAGCAGUUCAAGGAGAGUUUCGAUGUUAAAAUCGAAGAAACUGAAAGUGGGCCAGAACUUAGUGGGAGUGAACACACUGAUGUUCAUGAGAUUGAUAGAACGGAUAUGGUCGCAGAGGCACUUGGAUUGGAUGACGACGACGAACUUGAUGUUCUUGAAGCAAUGGCGGCUGGGCUUCGGAAUAGGAAAAAUGCUGCAUCAGUGCAGCAGCCUAAAGCUUCUUCAGUAAAAACUCGUGUCGAGAAUGAGAGCGAUGAGCUUAGCCCAGGAGAAUAUGAAAAUGGCAAGAGGGGGAGAAGGAACCGUCGAGCCAAAAAGAAGGGCAAGGGAAAUGAUGAACCUAUGAAUGAAACAGAUUCCCAAAAUGACAAAAACAUUGGAGAUGAUACAUCACAUCGACAUGAUUCUCCUUCACAUUCGUCAGGUAACAAAGAAAGUAGUGAUAAGGGAGCCAGCGAGUUGGCAAAAGAACAAAGGACUUCAAGUAAACCUGCUGAUCGAAAAGCAGUUGUGCAGAACGACAUGAAGACGAACCCUAGGCAUUCAUCUAAAGGAAAGAAAUCCAAGGCAACAACAAAGGAUUCCGCCAAUUCAUGCGAAACAUGUGGAGAGCAGUUUGAAUCAAGGAAUAAACUGCACAAGCAUUUGGGAGCAACUGGACAUGCUGCUCUAAAAUAUCGAUGACAAAGCUAUAGCAAAUCCACAUCAAUUUUGACCUUUAACAAGAUUUUGAACAAGUUCCAUACCACAUCCUGCGGGAAUUUGAAUCACCAAUUGAGGAUGAUGAUAGCUUAUGCAGAUUGUUAUCUAUCUGGAAAAUGGUAUGAUUUUUACAUUCAUUGUUUUACUGUAAACUGCAACAUUCCUUCCAAGUAUUUAAACCUUGUGAUUUAUUGAAUAAAAUUGAAUACGAUUUGAGUGGCCCCUUAGGAGGGUGUAAUACCAGGAGAGAGUUGCUAAAUGUUGCAUUUAGGAGAAUUAAGAGGAUUUUCAAAGACAGUUUUGAACUGAUCUUCUUUAUGUUGAACUAAUUGUGUAUUUUCGGUUUU